UUCUGAAAUCAUAGAUAUGACAAGCAGAGCUCCCAAUCCAAUUACAAGCCCAGAUGAAUAUUGGAUUUGGCUAGAACAAGUAUGUACGGUUUAUAGCUGUCUGAUACCUGAUGUUCAACAAUUGGUCCGAUUUACAUACAAAACCGAAUGGAUCAUGUGUAAAGAUGAGUUUGUUUUCCCUGAAGCUGUUGAGGGUGGCCAGUGGCCCCCAACCAAAACCUUGACUGAUUGGUUAAAUGUGGAAGCAAAAAAUGCAAUAACCAAAUGUGCACGAAAGCGUGCUGACUUUUCAAAGGUAAUUCACUGCGUUCAAGAAGCAAGAGAGUCAGUGCCGGAAUUCAUCCAGAGAUUCAUACAAACAUGGGAUAUCAAUGCUGGAAUAAAGCGAGAUGAACAUGAAUGUCUCAUGGUGCAAAUUUUUGUGCAAAAUCUAAGACCGAAUGUUCAAGCCGCUUACAAACUAUCAGUCCUUGACUGGAGCACCAACGACUGGAAGUCAACUAUAAACAAAAUAAUGGCUAUGCAUAGGAAUGAUGUUUUCUCCACUGGUAAUAAUGCUCCUAGCUCAAAACAAAUGAUGCAGUAUGUACGACAGCAGGGUGGUCAAAACAAUAACAAAAACAGGGAUAAUCCGAAACGUGGAAAUUGUCACAAAUGCGGUGCAGCGGGACAUUGGGCUAAAGAGUGUAAGAGCGGUCGUCGUCGUCGGAAUAAAUCCAAUAACCAGAACCAACAACAAGCCACUACAUCAUUUCCGGCUCUACCCGCUCCACAAGCGACUACGUCAUUUCCUGCUCUUCCAGCCCCACCCACACAAGCUGCUUACACGCAGCCAACAUAUUACAAUCAAGCAUAGGGAGGCCAUGGAGGGGCGGGAUCAGAACAACCAUUUCAUAUUCAAGCUGCAACUAUUCAACUUUCUAGUAAUCCCGCCGAAGACCCGAUAAUGCCCGUUCAAGUUAACGGAAAUACCGUUGAAAUUUUGGUAGAUAGUGGAGCAACUAUUUCUACUGUAAAAACUGCAGAGCAUGUAUGCACACCUACAUCCAACUUUAUCACCACUGUUGGUGUUUCCGGGGUUCCCAUUGCGGAACCGUUAUCUCAGAGGACUAAAAUAACUGUUGAAGGCUCUGAAGUGAUGCAUUCUUUUCUGAUAUCUGAUAAAAGCCCAAUUAAUCUCAUGGGGAGGGAUCUGCUUUGUAAACUGCAUGCUACUAUUCAGUGCACCCCGGAUGGAUUGUUUUUGACCCUCCCUGAUGAAAAAGCCGCUCUAGCAUUUCAGUUUUUGCAGAGUACGGAAGACAGUUUGUAUUGCUGGGAAUUGAUAGGUUUUAAUAUGCUUCCCAGUUUCACUGUUUCAGAUAUUCAGAAAAUCGCCAAAUCAUCUCCAACAUGUGCAACAUUGAUGUCUACAAUGAGGCCUCUUUUGCAUUGUCAUUGUACUGCAGCAUUUAACCCUUCUGAGCAGUAUAAACAAUCGGUUUCCAGGUUUUUAAAUAAACAAGAGGGGUUAGAAUGUGAACAAUGUUUGUUUGUUGGUCCGCAGGGAUGUGCCAUACCAGUCCAACUAUCUAGUGAACAGCAGAGGUUGUUUAAUGUUGAAAAUUCAUAUCCACAUAUCGUUGUGGCCGUCACACCUGGCUGUGAGCUGAAACACCUUGGAGACAUGGUGGCUCAGUGCCAGGCAUUGAGAGAAGCUGUACCAGCUUCUCAACACCAAACAGUAACAUAUUUAGGGGAGGAACUGUAUAUGUUGUCCUUAGAUGAACAUAUGCAAUUACCGAUGUCUACAUUUGUUACUCACCAGCCGCCUUUUCCCACACAGUAUGGACCUCCUUCUGAAUUGUCUGAGGUUCCACCUAUUUUGUGGGCUAAACAUAAAAAUCAUGUGGGUUUUGUAAAUUCGGCUCCGCCACAUAAAGUCACACUUAAGCCUAAUGCUAAGCUACCUAUGAUUAGACAAUACAAUUUGCCUCACAGAGCUGUAGUAGGAAUUGAAAGUGUUAUUCAGUCUCUAUUGGAUCAAGACGUGCUAGUUCAAACCACCAGCCCAUGUAACACUCCCAUUUUACCAAUUCCCAAAGCAAAUCGCCCUGAUGAAUGGCGGUUCGUGCAGGACCUGCAAGCGAUUAAUAAUAUAGUGGUACCUGCAGCUCCAAUUGUGCCUGACACCAAUUCGAUUUUAGCUUCUUUACCACCUAACUCCACGCACUACACAGUCGUUGAUCUGAGUUCUGCAUUUUUCUCGAUACCGUUGCAUCCAGAUAGCCAGUAUCUGUUUGCAUUUACAUUCAAAGGUAAGCAAUACACUUGGCGACGGUUGCCACAGGGUUUUGUCGAGAGUCCCACGGUGUAUGCAGCGGCGGUAAAAAGAGAUCUAGAUGGGCUCCACCUGCCAGGUGGCUCCACUCUCUUGCAGUACGCUGAUGACCUCCUAAUAGCUUCUCCAUCAAAAGAAGCUUGCCACACAGACUCUAUCUUGCUGCUACAGAGACUGGCCGAGUGUGGUCACAGAGCGUCGCUGGCAAAGUUGCAAUUCUGUCGACCAGAGGUGACAUAUUUGGGUCAUGUUCUGAAGGAUGGACAACGCCUUUUGUCACCGGAGAGGGUGAAACUGCUAGUUAACAUGCCUCCCCCCGCAACCAAGAAACAGAUGCUCUCUUUUCUGGGGAUGGCUAAUUACUGCAGACACUGGAUUUUUGAAUAUGCAACUAUGGACUCUGUUUUGAGAGCCGCCACACUGCAAUCAGCUCCACCCGUGGUACAGUGGACUGAGGAAAUGCACAAAGCCUUUCAAGAUCUGAAAAAUGCUCUCACAAUGGCUCCAGCGUUGGGUUUGCCUGACUAUCAUCAGCCGUUCCAUCUACAUGUGCAUGAGAGAGAUGGCUUCGCCACUGGCAUUCUGGUACAGAAACAUGGUUCUCAUUAUCGUCCCGUUGCGUACUACUCCUCUCGACUGACCCCUGUAGUUCUCGGUAUGCCAGGUUGUCUAAGAGCAGUGGCCGCUGUUGCCAUUUUGAUCGACAAAUCUUCUCCCAUUGUACUGGCUCAUGACUGUGUCGUGCAUGUUCCACAUGCAGUGUUACACAUUUUGAACACAUCUGCAACACAGCACAUGACAGCAGCACGCCGCUCAGGUUACGAGGCAAUAAUUCUUUCAAGUCCCCACAUAACUUUAAAGCGCUCACCUCCAAUAAAUCCAGCUACUCUGCUACCAUUGAUUGAUACAGAUGAUGAGCAUGACUGUAUCGCCCUUAUUGAAAUGUGCACAUCUCCGAGACCAGAUCUGCUGCAAACACCGAUACCAAAUUCUGAUAUGGUUCUUUAUACUGAUGGUUCGGCUAGCAGACCAUCUGACAACGUACAUUUGGCUGGUAAAGUUGCCACUAUCUACACUGACUCGCGAUACGCAUUCGGCGCUGCGCAUGACUUUGGACAAUUAUGGAAAAUGAGAGGUUUUGUCUCAUCCUCUGGUAAGCCAUUACAGCAUCACGCGUUGGUAAAUGAUCUAUUAGAGGCUAUUUUGCGCCCGUCACAGCUCGCGAUUGUAAAAUGUGCAGCCCACACUAAAGGAAAUGAUCCUGUUUCACAAGGAAAUGCAAUGGCUGAUACUGCAGCCAAACAAGCCGCACUUUCCUCCUCCUCCAUGGUCCAUCAAUAUACCUCCACACAACCCGUCAAUCCAAUUCCAGUACCUUCCGCUAAUGAUGUCGUGAAAAUGCAAAAUCACGCUGAUGACAGGGAGAGAAGUCUUUGGUUGCGUAAAGGUUGUGCAGUUGAUUCGGAGUCUGGCUUGUGGCUCCACCCGGAUGGGCGACCAGUUUGCCCAAGAGCUCUCCUACAUGUCUUGGCACGUGUGGCACAUGGACCAACACAUGUAGGAAGAGGGGUGAUAAAUGAUGUUAUUCGUUCACAAUGGUUUGCACCAGGCAUUACACAAGUCUCACAAACACUUGUAGACAGUUGUAUGACGUGUCAACAGACCAGAAAGAAGAAUAGCACAGUGAAGCAUGACCAUCUGGAACCUCCAACAGGUCCCUUUGUAAAUUUGCAAAUAGACUUUGUACAUAUGCCAAGUUGUCAAGGCUACAAAUAUUUGUUAGUUGUGACAGAUCGAUUCUCAAAAUGGGUUGAGGCUUUCGCGACAAGGAAAGAAGACGCUCGAACAGUUGUUAAGUGUCUGCUAAAAGAGGUGAUCCCUAGGUUUGGAGUGCCACAGGGAAUAGAUAGUGACAGAGGUCCGGCUUUUGUAUCAAGAAUAACGCAGGGUCUGUCAGAUAUCUUAGGGUUCAAGUGGCAGUUACAUGUUCCAUAUCACCCACAAAGUUCUGGUCAAGUUGAGAGAAUGAACGCAACUAUCAAAGAUCGGUUGACCAAAACAGUGCUGACAACAGGCCUAAAAUGGCCUGAUGCACUGCCUAUUGUGUUGUAUUCCAUCCGAAGCGCACCAAGCGCAACAACAGGACUAAGUCCUCAUGAGGUGUUAAUGGGGAGACCAAUGUCCACAGGGAUAAGUCCCCCUUUGACACCACACAAAACUUCUCUGCUUUGGACGGAUGAGUUUAUGACUGAAUAUGUAAAAAGACUAACUGAAAUUUUGAGAAAAUAUCAUUUUCAGGUAGCUGACAGGCUCCCAAAGCCCUCUGAGGAGCCAAUUCAUCCUUUUAAGGAAGGAGAUUUUGUAUUAAUCAAAUGUCUGGAAAAAGUGUCUUUGUCUCCCAGGUGGAAAGGUCCCUACCAGGUGUUGCUGACAACUAGGACUGCCCUAAAAGUCGAGGGCAGAGCAGAAUGGGUUCACGCCACAAGAUGCAGGUUGGCUCCACCAACCGCUGGCGAAAGACUGCUGAACCCUGGCGAGUAACCGGGAGGUUACUUUUCGUCUUCCUCCUACUGUCCAGGCUUGGACAAGGAGCUGAUCGGGGCUUUCUGGAUCGUGGGGAGCGGGACGGCUCUCCGACUCCGCAAAGCAAAGAGCAGGGAGGCUUUCCUGCUCAGGACACAGUCGGUGUCAUUGACCCCUCACCCCAAAAAGAGGGGCGUUCUUUGCUGAGUGUUCUUGGAAAGGCGAACACUGAGCUCAACUCUGAACGUGAGAACAGUUUGACAGGUUCCUGUCGAAGCUGCAGCAACGUGAGUCUUGACAUAGCAAAAACACAAGUUGAUGAUGUUGCUAUAAGAGAACUUAAAGGAAAAGUGCUUGAAAAGACUGACAAAUUUGUAUUUCCUGCUCUCUUACGAACUAAACGAACUGUUAAGCCUGUUGUGUUUGAAUGUCCAAUUGACAGAUGUGAUGAGAAUGAUUGUUAUGUUGCUCACCCCUUGAUUUUCUCCCAAGGUAAAUGGUCGUGGAAAACGCAUGAUAAAGCUCUGAUUAAGACGGAGUUGAGUGCAUCCAGGUUAAUGAAGGUAACAUUCACACCUACAGUGUCUAUGAUUGAACCUCUGGAGCUGUGGUGUUUCACCAAACUGCAAUUGGAAAAUGACCCAGAUUGUAAAUUGUGGAAUGUUAAUUACCAAGAUUUCCCAGGGGAGGCGCACAGCUGUAAAACCUCUGAUGAGGAAAAAGCGGAUGAAGGUGAUAGGUUUCUCUAUGCUGGUCAUUUUUCUUCCAUAAAUACACUUGAGGCAGCCAAACCUAAAUCAACAAGGCGUGAUGGAGGUACAGGUGAAGUUUCUCAAACUCUAGUGCAAAAAA